UUUCGCUUUCUCUUCUGCUCAAGUUAUUUAAACUAGAUUCGGUGAUUCCCAUGUAGUUUAUAUCAAAAAAAAAAAAAAAAAAAAAGAAGAUCCUUUUGUUGUAUUGUGUGAUAUUCUAGAAUUUGAUAUAAAGCUUCUGUUUUGGAUCAAAGGCUUCUGGAAAUUUGAUUGGUUUUUAUGAGAUUGGUGGAAAGCCAACAAUAAUUCUUGAUUUUUUAGACGUUUUGUUCAUUUUUGUCAUCGUUCAGGUUUUGGAUUACUUAUUUUAAGAAGUGGGUUUUUUUCUGGACAAGAGGGUUUAGGGUUUAGGUGAAGUUCUGAGUUUGAUCAGCUUCUAAUUUGGGUCAAAGGCGGUGGGAAUUCAAUAAAAGGGAUUGAUUUUGGACUUUGGUGGAAGAGGGAAAACAAAACCCAAUAAGAAUUCUUUGCUUUCUUAGACGUUGAUUUAUCUAUUUUAGGUGAUUUUUUUUAUUUGGGGUUGUCUCUCAUUGCUCAUCUUGUUUAAUACUUACUUUCAGAAGUGGGUUCAUAGAUCCGGGGCUUUGAGGAGGGAAUUCUUGAUUUUGAGCACCUUGGGAAAGAUUCUUGUGGUUUUGGUUAAUUGUUGGUUUUGUUCUUUUUGAAUAAGAAGAGAGAGAAGAAAAACAAGAUGGUUGGGGCCAGUGAUACAGAGAUUCAUAAUAGUGUGCACUUAAAUGGGUUAAUACAGAACUCAAAUGGGUCAAUUGAGGAGAAGUUUGAUGAGAUCCGUGGACUUAUUGGCAAAGCUGAAGGAGACCCUCUUAAGAUAGUUGGUGUAGGUGCGGGUGCUUGGGGCAGUGUCUUCACUGCCAUGCUACAGGACAGUUAUGGUCACUUGAGAGAUAAAGUUUUGAUAAGAAUUUGGAGAAGGCCUGGGAGAGCCGUGGAUAGAGCCACUGCCGAGCACCUAUUUGAGGUGAUCAACUCGAGGGAAGAUGUGUUGAGGAGGCUAAUUAGGCGUUGCGCAUACCUGAAGUACGUUGAGGCGCGACUAGGUGAUCGGACGCUCUAUGCUGAUGAGAUAUUGAAAGAUGGAUUUUGUUUAAAUAUGAUUGACACCCCUCUUUGCCCCUUGAAGGUUGUCACCAACUUGCAGGAGGCUGUGUGGGAUGCCGAUAUUUUGGUGAAUGGAUUGCCCUCGACCGAAACUCGUGAAGUGUUUGAAGAAAUUAGGAGGUAUUGGAAGGAGAGAAUAACAAUGCCAAUUAUCAUCUCUUUGUCAAAAGGUGUAGAGGCUGAACUGGAGCAUGAGCCGCGGAUAAUUACUCCUACACAAAUGAUCAAUCGAGCUACUGGCGUUCCACUUGAGAACAUUCUCUAUCUUGGAGGUCCUAACAUUGCCUCAGAGAUAUACAACAAGGAAUAUGCUAAUGCUCGAAUAUGUGGAGCUGAAAAGUGGAGAAAACCAUUGGCUAGAAUUUUGAGGCAGGCCCAUUUUAUAGUGUGGGAUAAUGGCGAUUUAGUUACCCAUGAAGUCAUGGGUGGUCUAAAGAACGUCUAUGCAAUCGGAGCUGGAAUGGUAGCAGCUUUAACGAAUGAGAGUGCGACCAGCAAAUCAGUAUACUUUGCACACUGCACAUCCGAGAUGAUAUUUAUCACCCAUCUUUUGGCAGAGGAACCAGAAAAACUUGCGGGACCUUUGCUUGCCGAUACUUAUGUAACCCUGUUGAAGGGUCGUAAUGCAUGGUAUGGGCACAAGUUGGCCAAAGGCGAGUUGAGCCUUGAAAUGGGUGAUAGCAUCAAGGGAAAGGGUAUGAUUCAGGGAGUCUCUGCUGUGAAAGCAUUCUUUGAGCUGCUAAGUCAAUCGUCCUUAAGCGUCCUAUAUCCCAAAGAAAACAAGCCCGUUGCACCAGUUGAGCUUUGCCCUAUACUGAAAAUGCUAUAUAAAAUACUCAUAACAAGGGAAUUCCCAUCACAGGCCAUUCUUCAAGCUUUAAGGGAUGAGACGAUGAACGACCCCCGAGAUCGUAUUGAGAUUGCGCAAACCCAUGUAUUCUACAGGCCAUCACUUCUUGGACAGCAACCUUGAUAUCAUUCUCAAGUAAUUUUCCUAAAGCAGCUACUUAGUGUAGGAUCCAAGUUUCACUUAGCUUCAGUCCUAGUUUGUGGGGUGUACCAUUGGGAUUGGUUCAUGAAUUAUUGUUUGUGGAUUAUAUUUCAAAUCCUUAAUAUUUUGAUAUGUAAAAAUGAGCUCUUAUAUAUAUAUAUAGUUAUGGAAAUAGAGAA